AUGAAACUCCUACCUACUGCAAUCACCGCCCUGCUUCUCAUUGCUGCUGCGACCGAUGGCUCGCCUAAUGUACGCACAAUAGCCGAGGGCAAGAACAAAAACAAGAGCCAGCCUGGACAGCAGAACCCGAUGCAGGAGGAACAACAGAACCCGGUGCAGCAGGAACAACAGAACCCGGUGCAGCAGGAACAACAGCAGAGCCGCCCUUUCAGCAGCAGCACCAAUGGCUGCAACCUCACGGGCACGUACAAGAAAGGCACGGAUAUCUCAUCGUGCAGCUCCAUCACCAUCGAUUCCCUCAGUGUACCGGCUGGCGUGAUGUUGGACCUGACAAAGACCAAGCGAGGGGCCGUCAUUGAAUUCAAGGGCACCACGACGUUCGGCACGCAAAAGUGGGUUGGUCCGCUCGUGAUGGUCAGUGGAACGGAUCUGACCGUGAAGGGAUCCGGCACCCUGGACGGCCAAGGAGCUUGGUACUGGAAACAGGGCCAGGCCAUCACCCGUCCCGUCUUCUUCCGUCUUCAAAACGUCAUCAACUCGAAGGUGUCCGGGUUCACGAUCAAGAACAUGCCCUUCCGCACCUUCAGCCUCGUUACGUGUAGGAACAUGAUUCUCUCGGGUCUCACCAUCGACUCGAGAGCGGGCAACGGCAUCGCCAAGAACACGGACGGGUUCGGCUUGACCAAGAACGACGGCGUCACGAUCACCGGGUGCACGAUCUACAACCAGGAUGACUGUCUCGCGAUGCAGUCGAGCGUCAACACCGUCUUCAGCAACAACUACUGCUACAACACACACGGCAUCUCGAUCGGGUCUCUUGGUGGCAACGCUGUGGACCAGUCGACAACGGUAAGGGGUCUCACCGUUCAGGGCAACACGAUCGUCAACAGUGUGAACGCUCUCCGGAUCAAGACAAUCGUCGGUCUGAAGGGUCUGGUCACUGACGUGAAGUACAUUAACAACAAGGUUGUGAAUGUCAAGAACGCGAUUGCCAUCCGCUCGGACUACAGCAAGGCCAAGGGAGGGUACACGAACAACGCUUCCAGUCAGGUGCAGAUUACCGGUAUCACGGUCUCGGGUCUCACUGGAACAGCAAGUAACUUGUACGACAUCAAGGUCAACCCGAAGGUGGUCUCGAAUUGGAACUUCAACGCCAUCGACGUGAGCGCGUCGGUGAAGGGUAUGCUACUCGGCCUGCCGAACGUCUUGGGCAUCUGA